CCCAGCUGUUGGAUACACAUGUGUACCGUGCCUAGGUAGAGGUUACAUGUUAAUGUUCUUCUAGAAAAUGUCUUCUAUAGUUUUACACCGAGCAACACUCAGCUUCGUCGUCUUGACAUCUGUGUUAGUUUGUGAGGGGAGGUUCCUCGAUUAUCUCCUACACAAACAAGAGGAAGACCAUGUAGAGCGCCCACGGACUGAUGCGGUGAUAGAGUUUCCAAGCUUGGACGAAAUGACGUCAUCGGAGAGGGCAGCCAAUCGUCAGCGGGCUCGCAAGGUUGCAACUAUUAUAGAGAAGAACGUCCAUAUGCUUGCAAACGAUAUUCUCCAGAUGUGGGCGAUCACCAGGACCGAGAAGGAAGAUGAAAACGUCGAUGCUGAUUCAGAGACUGAAGGUACUGUGGAUGAAGGAGAGGCUGAAACGUCAGAUACAGCAAACAAUCCAUCUGAAAUAGAACCAGGAGAUACUGGUGAGGAAGCCGAAUCUCAAGAGAAUGAGACUGCAGAUGAUAUGGAUCCAAAGGAAGACGGAGGUUCCAAAAGUGCGACAGAAGAUUCAUCACAGAUACAUACAGAGACUGAUGAAGCAGAAAAACAACUACAAACCGGAUCAGUUGAAGAAACAGCUGGUCAAGAUGAAGAAGACGAUCAAGUAAAAACAGCUGAGGACCCGAAAUCGCAACCGAACGAAGAUAAAAUAAUACAAGAAAAGGUUGAGGUCGAAAAGGAGGAAGGAGGUUCUACCGAUACGUCACAGGAUGGUGGGUCAGAAGUACAGAACCCUAAGGAAACAGAUCAGCUUGCAAAUGUAGAGGAGAGCAAACUAAACGCCGCUGAUGAAUCAAAAGUACAGUUGACAGAAGUACCGAGAGUAGAAGAGGCCAAAGGAAGAGCAACGGAGUCAAUGGAUGACAAAGUGUCAGAAACACAGUCCGUUAGAGAAUCAGAAGCGCAAGUAACAGAUGAAAAAAAUAAUGGACCUAACUUUGUUGCGAAGGCAAUCGACGAUACUGACAAAACAGGUAAAGAUGAGAAGGAAAUUGAAACAACUUCUUCAAGCGAUGAUAAUUUGGAUAAAAAUGAAACUAGUGAAACAGACAGUGAAAAAUUCUCAACUGAUAAUCCUUUGGAUUUGACUGAAGAAUCAAGGAAUGAAUCAGCUAAUGGAUCCGCCAAUAGUGCAACAACUGAGGGAGAUAAAAACAUUGCUUCAGAAGAAAUGCCCCGUGAACAUAACCAAGUUGACAAGGAACAACCACAGAAAAAUGAAGAGGUAGACACACAGAGGACGAAUGUGGAAGCUCAAACUAACGCACAACGUGAUGGUAAUAAAGUAAAUGUACGUGACAGGAACGACGCACAACUUGAUCAAGAAACAAAAACACAAGAUCAUGACGAAGAAGAAAAUGAGACUGAAGACGCAGCGAUAAAGACAUUUGUACCAGUAGACUUAAAUAACAGCAAGAAUUCUGAAAGACAAGAGGGGGAAGGAAUACCGAAAAUCAGAACAGACGAAGAUGCAACAGAUACAGCAGAUAAGACACAAUUACAGGCAGGAGAACGGACUAAGGAGCCAUUUAAAGACUACAAAACUGAAGAAGUGCAGACUCCGUCAAAGGCGGUAGAACGGAAAGAUUCGCCGGUUGAAUCUAAAAAUGACAAAGUGGGAACGCAGAAACUUGAAACAAAGGAAGGAAACCCCAAAAUUUCAGAGUCACCAAGAGACUCUGAAUCCAUCGGAGAAGGAACACAAGAACGUCAAACAGAGAAAGUAGGAACAGAAGUUCAAGGGGAUCAGACGCAGUUAAAGAAAGAAGAACAUAAAGAGUCAACAGAAGACUUUGAAACUGACGGAGCGAAAAGGAAGAAACUUGAAACAGAGAUAGAAGAAACCGAAAUUCCAGAGGAUAAGACGCAGUUAAAAGCAGGAGAAGAGAAGGAGUCCCCAGGAGACUCUGAAACUGACGGAAUGGAAACGAAGAAAUUGGAUACCGAUGAAGCCACAUCUCAACUUUCAGAGGAUGAAACCCGGGAUCUGCCCGGCGAACACAGCAAUGAGGCAACAGAUGACUUAAACAGAAGUAAAGUGACAGCGAAGAAGAUCGUGGAUGGUGGAACAAUCUCUAAUUUACCUUUAGCUAAACCACUAGCAGAAGAUGAAUCAAGGAAUACCGGAGAAGGAAGCAUGUCCGAUGAUAUAAAGAACACUCCAACAACUUCAGAAGAGUUUUUUAGCAGUGAUAAAAUAAUUCAUGCAUUGCAUCCAGAGGGGUACAAAAGACCACGAAUGGCAAGAGGGUCGGUGGCCAGAAAGAGGUAUAUACCUAUUGGGGAAAUAUUUUCUUAAUUACGAAAAAAUAAUGAAGAUGAAUAAUUAUAGUGUUGAAGGUCUCAAUUAAAGAGAUACAAACA